AUGGCCGCCGCCGUAGACAACUCCAACACGGAGCUCAGCAAGCAAUAUGAUACCCCUCUCGGCCUGGCUCACUCGACGAUGCAGGCUUUGAAGGACAGGAUCAAGCUGCAUUACGAUCUCGCCAGUGACUAUUACCUGAGCCUCUGGGGCGAACACAUUCACCACGGCUACUGGGAAGACGGCUCUGAGACCAAGGAGCAAGCCCAAAUCAAGCUCAUUCAACUGCUGCUAAAACUUUCCAACGUAGGCGAGAACAGCAGAGUUCUCGACGUUGGCUGUGGCAUUGGCGGCACCUCCCGCUACCUUGCCUCCACGCUCGGUUGCUCAGUCACUGGCAUCACCAUCUCGACCAAGCAGGUCGAGAUCGCCAACCGACUGACCAAAGCCGAGGCGUCAAAGGAGUCGGAGAAGUCCGAGGCUGAGCCGGAUAGCGAUGGUUACUUCCAUCUGGGCCAGGGUAAGGUCCGCUUCAUCGAGCUCGACGCCGAGAAGAUGGGCGAGUUCUUCGCCGCCGAAGGAGGCUCCUUUGAUGCGGUUUGGAUCAGUGAGGCCCUGAGCCACUUCCCCAACAAAGCCUUGUUCUUCGAAAACACAUUCAAGGUGCUCAAGGCUGGUGGGAAGUUGGCGCUGGCCGACUGGUUCAAGGCUGAGAGCCUCAGCGAGACCGACUUCGUCAACGACAUCAAACCGAUUGAAGAUGGUAUGCUUCUGCCACCUUUAUGUACUCAACAGGGAUAUGUCGACCUCGCCAAGGGUGCCGGACUUUCCUCGGUUGCGGGGCCAAAAGAAAUCAGCAAAGACGUGAGCAGGACUUGGGACAUCACCUGGUCUCUCAUCCAGAACCCGUCUCUCUGGGCCUUCGCCUUCAGCCAGGGACGGGACGGCAUUGCUUUCUUGCAAUCCUUCCGCGCGAUGAGGCGCGGAUAUGCCAACGGAACCUUCCAGUAUGCUGUGAUGGCAUUCGAGAAACCAUAG